AUGUCAACUUCAACAUCACAUGCUCCUUCUAAUUCACCGUCAAACUACGCAUCUGGUAAUCAGGAGGAUGGAUUGUUCUCUCUGGAUUUCUUAGCUCUGGCAGGUCUAGAUUCCGGAAUGCCAGGAGAUAUGACUUCGCCAACAAAUCCAAAUAUUGGACAGCAACAGCAUCAGCAACAUCGACAGCAACAACAACAACAAUAUCCCCAGGCUCAAAGAGAUGAUCAGAGUCAGCCGUUUCAUCAACAUUUUCAGAACUGGGAUAACACUCAUGCUGGACCUUCAUCUCAAACGAGUUCCUCCACAGUCACGCGAAAUCCCAGUACUGAUACGGAGACUAAUCCAAGAGGAAGGAAUAGGAAAUCUCAACGUGGGGAUAAUGAAAAUGACAUGGACUUGGACCAACCUGACUUUGAAAGCUUAGGGCAACAGGAAGGGUUCAGUCUCAAUGGAGAUCCAGGAGACAGAGGAGGAGGAGGCGAUGGCAGUGGAGGAGGAGGUACUGGCGGACGUGAUUAUCAUGCUUUACAAGCGGCUCUUCUUCAACAGCAGCUUCAAUCAAUACACAUGCAGUCCCCUUUGGGGUUCGAUAUCAACAAUCCUCAAUAUCCACUCGCCCAAAUGUUCCUGUCAUCUCCGGGGUCUCAGAUGGCCCAAUUGCAACAAAUGAUGCAAAACGAUAGCGGACAAGAAGGAUCACAACAUGGACAUAGAGGAAGUAUAGAUACCAAUUGGGCGUCAGGUCUAGGAGGCAUGCCUACUCCAGGAUCAAGUGGGGAAUUGAUACCUCAAAGUCGCCAAGAGGUGAUGUCUCCCAUUCACCUUGAAAUGCUUGCCCGAGCUCAAGCGGAGUUUGGCGGAGACCCAAACAUGUUACCACUCCUGUCUCCCGCACUUUCACAAUCAACUGCGACAUCUUUCAAUUCACCUUCCACUCAUAUCGCCUUCAACUCUCAGCCAUCUUCCGGUCACCUCAGCGCUCACGGCAGUAACAGAUCGCCCUUAGAACAGCUACAAGAACAGCAACGCCAGUUCCAAGAGCAACUUGCUGUGCUGCAACAACGGCAAAUGGAAAUGCAGGCCACAGCCGCUGCAGUAGCGGCAGCCUCAUCUCAUUCGCCCUUCAUAGGAUCAAACCCAGGCUCAUCAGGUCCAACUAGAGCUGCAACGACGCCGGGAGCUACUCCCAAUUCAGGUUUCUUUUCGCCGUUGACUUCUCCAGCUUUAGAAGCUUCAAAUCGUAAUCAGAUGCAUGGGCACAGACGUCAUUUCUCCCCAGCUUUUAACCCUCAACAAUCCCGUACACCCCAUCCACUUAGUGCUCUAUCCUCACCUGCAUUGAACCCGGUCGGAUCAAGUGGCGGUGCGCAACAAACACUAUCCCCAGCCCUUGGUCCCCAAACAGGUGCAGAUCUUAGUGAUCCCGAGUACCUUCGGGCGCUCGUAGGCAUGCUUGAUGGCAAUCCACAAGGUCUCGGUGAUCCUGCUCAAUCAAAUUAUCAUUCCCCUUCAAUGACCAGCUCAUCAACAGCUGGCCACUCCACCAUUUUAGCUUCACCCGCUUUGAUCCCAACUGGCACAGGUCCCCAUCGGAAUUCUCUCCCUACCAAAUCAAGACCUAGUCCAAUGUUGAAACCCACCGGUCAUAGAUCACAUCAACGAGCACCAUCGGGCACACUGAAUGGUAAUGGGACUUUCUCGGUACCUACUUCGCCUGCAAUUCAGAAAUACCAUCCCAACCCACCGCAUAUGGGGGGUAUGGGAUAUCUUCCUCCUUCGGCUGUGGAUCAUCGUAAUCUUGCGCCAAGUGGUACAUCAUUAUCUUCUGCUUCAACGCCUUCUCCAGUCGACUUAAGUCAUAUCAUGCCUCCUCCGCCCGUGCCAAACGGAACGUCAAAAAGUAGGAAAGGUAUAGCUCCAAUGACACCCGCAAGUCUGAUGAACCUCGCUUCUGCGGCCCCCAUCAUGGAGAACGUAAAAUCGAGUACGGGGCGGAGAGAGGAUGAAAGUGAUCACUGUCAGGGAGGAAGGAUACCUCCUCCUGCCCCUCCUUCCGACAAAAGAGGAUCCGCGGGUACGAAUGGUAGAAAUACUCGAAAGCAAAAUGGUACCAAUGGCAACGGAAAUAGCAGUGGAGGCAAAAAGGCUGCUGGAAGUAAACUUGUGCCCGUCGGCGGUGGUACGGGAGGUGGCAAAAGAGCUCUGGCGAUUCGACCGCAAGGUGGAAUAGCUUCCAGGACUGCCACUAAACCAACGAUAUUACCACCUGCUGAACCCGAAAAUCGGAAAACAUCGCAUAAAGCAGCUGAACAGAAAAGACGUGAUUCACUGAAAGCAGGAUUCGACGAAUUGAGAUUGUUAUUACCGCCCAUAAACGUGGAAGCAUUAGACCCAGAAUCAGGUGAACCAAUACCUGGAUCAUCAGCACCUAGAUUAUUACCUAAAAGUAGUUUGGUUCCCGAUGAUAACCCAAACCGUGGUGUAUCGAAAGUCGCUUUGUUGAGAUUCGGUAAUGAAUAUAUCGAAAAGUUGAAAGAAAGAGUAGAUCGAAGAGAUACCUACAUUGAGAGAUUAAGGGGCGAGGUUAAAAAGCUGAGGAACGAUGAGACAGAUGAAGAUGUGGGUGAGGGGGAUGAAGACGAGGAUGAGAUUGAAGAGGAAGGAGAUGUAUUAGAUUAUGAUUGGAGAGAGGGUGAAGAAGAUGAAUUUGACCCUCCGCUCGAAGAAGAUGAUGAACAAGACGAGGAAGAAGGCGAAGAAGUCAAUGAGGACGUGGAAGAAGAUGAGAUGGAUAUCGAAGACAACUCAAAUGCAAGUAAAAAAAGCAAGUCAGUGAAUGGAAAUGGUAGAAGGAAAUCAAUUUCAUCUCAGAAAAGCCCAGCUUUGAAAGCUACCAGAAGACCGAGUCUCAUAAGAGGUUUGAGUAGUUCAGCCACGAUAACAUCAACCAAGAAGCAAGUAUAG